AUGCUCUUUCGGAAGGGCAGCAACCGACGGUGCUUGUUUUGUGAUUUGUUUGUUUUCUUCUUCAUUACACACAUUUCACAGGAAUUAAUCGCAUUCCUACAACUUUUUCCGUCUACAUUACUGUAUAGUGUUUAUUCUUCUCUCUCUUUUCUCUCCCCCUCUCUCUCUUUCUCUCUCUCUCUCUUUCUAUCUAUCUUUCUUUCUAUCUAUCUUUCUUUCUUUUAUCUUUUCUUCUUACGUUCUUUCUCUUAUCUCUUCUUCGUCUUUUUCUUUAUUGAUCUUUUCUCAUAUUCCUGCUUCUUUACCUUCUUGCGAGCUGCCUUUUUCUCUCUCUGGUACUCACUGGCUUUUUUUCCGUUGUUUGCUCUUCCUUCCUUCCUUCCUUCUUUCCUUCCUUCCUUCCUUCCUUUUCCUUUUCCUUUCCUUUCCCUUUCUUUUCCUUCCUCCUCCCUUUCCUCCUUCCCUUCCUUCCUUCCCCUCCUUUCCUUCCUUCCUUCCUCCUUUUCCUUCCUUCCUUCCUUCCUCCUUUCCUUCCUGCCUUCCUUCCUUCCUUCCUUCCUUUUCCUUCCUUUCUUCCUGCCUUCCUUCCCUGCCUUCCUUCCUUCCUUUCCUUCCUUUCUUCCUUUUCCUUUCCUUUCCCUCCUCCUUCCUUCCUCCUUUCCUUCCUUCCUUCCUUCCCUUUUCUUCCUUCCUCCCUCCUUUCCUUCCUUCCUUCCUUCCCUUCCUUUCCUUCCUUUCCUGCCUUCCUUCCUUCCUUCCUGCCUUUUCCUUCCCUCCUUCCUUUCUUCCUUCCUUCUUUCCCUUCCUUUCCUUCCUUUUCCUUCCUUCCUUCCUUCCUUCCUUCCUCCUUUCCUUCCUUCUUCCUUCCUUUUUCCUUCCGCCCUCCUUCCUUCCUUCCUUUCUUUUCCCUUCCUUCCUUCCUUCCUCCUUCCUUCCUUCCUUCCUUCCUUCCUUCCUCCCUUUCUUUCCCCCCCUUUUCCUUCUUCCUUCCUUCCUGCUUUCCUUCCUUUCCUUCCUGCCUUCCUUCCUUCCCUCCCUUCCUUCCUUCUUCCUUCCGCCCUCCCUUCCUUCCUUCCUCCUUUUCCUUCCUUCCUUACUUUCCCUUCCUUCCUCCCUUUUCUUCCUUCCCCUCCCUCCUUCCCUUCCUUCCUUCCUUCCUUCCUUUUCCUUCCUUCCUUCCUUUUCCUUCCUUCCUUCCUUCCUUCCCUUCCUUCUUCCUUCCUCCUUCCUUUCCUUCCUUCCCCUCCUUCCUUCCUUCCUGCCUUUUCUUCCCUUUCUUUCUUUUCUUUCCCUUUCAUUCUUUUCCUUCCUAUUUUCCUGCCUUCCUCCCUUCUUUUCCGUCCUUUUCUUCCUUCCUUCCUUCCUUCCUCUUUUCUUCCUCUUUCCUUCCUUCCUCCUCCCUUCCUUUUCUUCCUUUCCUUCCUCCUUCCUGUACUCUUCCUUUGUUUCAUUCUUUCUUUUUUUCUUUAA